CCUCUCUGGAACUUCCUGUUAUCACCACACCUCUGGAUUAGUCCUCUGAACUCUCUCUGAGCAAAGCCCUCUGAGAAACUAGACUCUGGGCAGGACACCCUUCUUGUGAAUGUGACGCACACUCUCUUCAGUUUCCAUAUGCUGAAAUUAUACUUCUUCAUUAGUUUGCUGUGCUUGGUCAAAUCAGACACAGAUGAAACAUGUCCUUCAUUCACCAGACUGAGCUUCCACAGUGCUGUGGUCGGUACAGGACUGAAUGUGAAGUUGAUGCUCUACACAAGAAAAAACCAGACCUGUGCACAAGUCAUCAACUCCACAUUUUUGGGGAACUUGAAUGUGACCAAGAAAACCACCUUCAUUAUCCAUGGAUUCAGGCCUACAGGCUCUGCUCCAGUUUGGAUGGAGGACUUAGUACAGGGUUUGCUUUAUGUAGAAGACAUGAAUGUGGUUGUUGUUGAUUGGAAUCGAGGAGCUACAACUGUAAUAUACAACCAUGCCUCCAGUAAGACCAGAAAAGUAGCAACAAUCUUGAAGGGAUUUAUCGCCAAGCUGUUGGCACAAGGAGCUUCUUUUGAUGACAUUUAUAUGAUUGGAGUAAGUCUAGGAGCCCACAUAGCUGGCUUUGUUGGAAAGAUGUACAAAGGACAGCUGGGGAGAAUUACAGGUCUCGACCCUGCGGGCCCUUUAUACAAUGGGAGAUCUCCUGAGGACAGAUUAGAUCCUGGAGACGCACAGUUUGUUGAUGUCAUCCAUUCCGACAUUGACGCCCUGGGCUACAAGGAGCCAUUAGGAAACAUAGACUUCUACCCAAAUGGAGGAUUGGAUCAACCCGGUUGUCCCAAAACGAUAUUGGGAGGAAUGCGGUAUUUUAAGUGUGACCACCAGAGGUCCGUGUACCUGUAUCUUUCUUCCUUGAGAGAGAACUGUUCCAUCACUGCGUAUCCCUGUGACUCCUACCGGGAUUAUAGGAAUGGCAAGUGUGUCAACUGUGGCAUAGCACAAAAGGAGUCCUGUCCCCUUUUGGGCUAUUAUGCUGAUAACUGGAAAGAGUAUUUAAAGCAGAAAGAUCCUCCUAUGACUAAAGCAUUCUUUGACACAGCUGAGAAGGAGCCAUACUGCAUAUAUCAUUACUUUGUGGACAUUAUAGCUUGGAACAAGAACAUAAGAAGAGGGUCCAUUACAAUCAAAUUGAAAGACAAAGCUGGAAACAUCACAGAAUCCAAAAUCAAUCAUGAACCUGCAGUAUUUCAGAAAUACCACCAAGUGAGUCUGCUUGCGAGAUUCAGUCAAGACUUGGAUAAAGUGGCAACCGUUUCUUUGGUGUUCUCUACAGGAUCUGUAAUAGGCCCCAAGUACAAGCUCAGGAUUCUCCGCAUGAAGUUAAGGUCACUUGCCCAUCCAGAGAGGCCCGACUUGUGUCGGUAUGAUCUUGUGCUGAUGGAAAACAUCGAGACGGUCUUCCAGCCUAUCCUCUGCCCCGAGCUGCUGAUGUAACCAUUACCGGGACACAGGGGCACCAGGAACAUCAAGCAAGCUACAACUGUAGUCUGUUUUAAAGCAUCACCUCACCUCUUCCUCAAGGCACAAACCAGUAUGAAUAAGCAGGUGUUUUUCCAGCAGCGUCCCAUGGAUGGCACAUUGCAAAAUGUCAGGCAACCUUGGAUUAUGGAACGGUCCUGGGAAGGGAGCCCCUAAGUAGGGCAAGUCAGAAAUAGCCAGGCUCCCCACAGCCCAGCGUCUUGUCUGGCUGCGUCCCGGGGCCUUGUUUGUCUUGGCCUGUCAGCCUGCUGCCUGUCACUGGGGCAGCUCUGCUCAGCGCGGAGAGCAUCCGAAAGGGAAGGAUUGGCUGGAGACCUCACUUUGGACUCGACCCCACACUCCCUGUGCCAAACUCCUCCAGGUCCUUAUACGUAGGAGGGAAUGGAGCCUGACCUACCUCACAGGGUUGUUGUGUGGGUUUGGGGGGCAAGUCUGUGAAGGGUUCUUUGAAAUCCCAUGGGGACCACAUCCGUGAGUGGUUUGGUAAAUGUGAAUAUGCUUUUAUUUAUUUUGAUACGGCUGAUCUAAGAUGCAAUAAGAGAGUUUCUCAUCCUCAACAA